AUGCAGCAGUGUGGCGGGUCACUUUUAAUAUUCUGCGAUGCAGAUGAUAUCUUUGCAAAGCACUGUUUCAUCUCAUUAUAUAAUGUUUUGCGUAAUGCACCGAGACCUGACUCAACUCCUGCUGGUUCAAGAUUCGAACGCACCCCAGCUGGGUCAAUAUCACGUUAUAUUCAGUGGGCUAAUUUAUUCAAGAGUAAACAAAUUUGUAAUCAGUUCGAUUGA